AUGGAUGUUGUCUCCAUGGGGACUGUGAGGAUGUCCCAGAUAUGGAUGCAGAGAUGGGUCGUCCUGCUUUUGGGGCUGCAGUCGGUACAAGCAGGCUUCUUGGGGGAUUAUGGGAAUGCUCUAAUGGAUCCUAUGGACUUUACAACCUGGCCGCCAACAACAUCGGUGUUGCCAGUAACGAAUGUGGUGGUAACAAAAGUUCAACCGAAUCCUGAUCAUCAGUCCACGAUCUGCAGCACAUGGGGAAAUUUCCACUUCAAGACCUUCGAUGGUCAAUUCUUCCAAGUGCCGGACACAUGCAACUACGUUCUGACGGUGAUGUGCGACGUGGCCACGUCUGAUUUUAACAUCCAAAUGCAAAGAGACACUGUAGACGGCUUAAUCACUUAUAGCACAGUCACAAUAAAGCUGGAUGGAACUAUAAUCAAAAUCACUAACGGCACCAUCACCAUGGAUGAUCGAGAGGUGUUGAUUCCAAUGAAUCGCAACGGAAUAAAAAUUGAGGGAAUCCAAACGAGUAUUAAAGUCUCCACACAUGGAGUGACUGUCUUUUGGGAAGAAGACAACUCUAUAUUGAUUGAACUCGCAGAGAAGUACAAAGGUCAGACCUGUGGACUAUGUGGAAACUACAACGGGGACCAGAGCGACGAUAUCCCUGAGAACGGGCCAGCAACAUGGAAGGUUUCCACACCAACUGAAACUUGCGAGGACGUUACACUUCCUCCUGGGGAUCGGUGCGAACAGCACAUCAGUGUUUGCCAGCAGUAUCUCAGCAGUCCGGGGUUUAGUGACUGUUACAGUGUGAUGGACAUGAGUUCAUUUGAAGAAGCCUGUGUAAACGACCUGUGUCAGUGCUAUGGCAAUCACGACUGUCUCUGCAACACACUCACAGAGAUUUCACGACAGUGCACUCAUGCUGGAGGAAAACCGGAAACAUGGAGGACUGAACAGCUCUGUCCAAAGACAUGUCCUCUGAACAUGCAUUACAUGGAGUGUGGGAGUCCAUGCAAAAACACCUGCUCAGAUCCAGCUGCAAAUCUAAUGUGUAAAGAACACUGUGUGGACGGCUGUUUCUGCCCUAAAGGCACUGUGGAAGACGACAUCGGUCAGAGCGGCUGUGUUCCUGUGGACGAGUGCCCUUGUGUGCACGACGGCAUGGUAUAUCAAUCAGGAGAGUCUUACGAGCAAGCUUGCAAAAAAUGUGUGUGUGAUGCAGGACACUGGACUUGUACAUACCUGAAAUGUCCCGGAAUCUGCUCGGUUGUUGGAGGUUCUCACAUCACAACCUAUGAUAGGAAGACCUUCACCUUCAGCGGCAACUGUGACUACAUCUUCACUAAGCACUCUAAUGACAGUGAUAUUGCUAUUGUGGGAAACCUGGCAAAGUGUGAUCCAGCCCGAACAGACACGUGUCUAAAUUCAGUUACCCUUGUCAUCUCAGGGACCACUAUUAGUUUUGCUUCCAAUGGUGAUGUGACACUGAAUGGAAACAGUCCAUAUCAGCUUCCUGCCACCACAGGUCCUGUGAGAGUCUUCCAGCCCACUUCCUCUUUCAUCAUUGCUGAUAUGAAGAGUCUCCGUCUAGAGAUCCAGUUGGCUCCAGUCAUGCAGUUGUAUAUUGUAGCCAGCACUGAAGAGAAAGGGAAGAUGACUGGUCUAUGUGGAAACUAUAAUGAUGUCCAAUCAGAUGACUUCAAAACAGAGUCGGGUAUCAUCGAGGGCACAUCAACAACCUUUGUCAACUUUUGGAAGCAAAACCCAUACAGUUGUCCAGAUGUUGAAAACACAUUUGACAACCCCUGUAGCUUGAGCGUGGACACAGAGAAACUUGCUAAAGACUGGUGUUCCCGUAUUACAAACAACACCGGAGUCUUUUCCGAGUGUCAUUCGGAAAUAUGUCCUGAUAUUUACUACCAAUGGUGUGUCUAUGACACCUGCAAAUGUGCAGAUAUUAGGAAGUGUAUGUGUGCAGCCGUGUCCAACUAUGCCCAUGCCUGUGCUGCCAGAGGAAUCAUUCUCCAGGGCUGGAUGGAUUCUGACCCCUGUGUAUCUGAGUGUUCAGAAAACAUGAAGCACUCCUACGGUGUGACCAGCUGUGGCAGCACUUGCCGCUCCCUCAGUGAACAAAGUCACAUCUGCCAAGGGUCCUUCACACCUGUAGAUGGCUGCGUCUGUUCUGAGGGAACCUACCUUAAUGAAGAUGGCAGUUGUGUACUUGCCCACCAGUGUCCUUGUUACAAAGACAACCAGGUCAUAGAGCCAUCGGGAACAUCCUACAUAGAUGGCGUUGCAUGCACCUGUACCCUUGGAAAAUUGCACUGCACCAGUAAAGAAGACUGUGUGGCUCCAAUGGUCUUUUUCAAAUGCUCAAAUUAUGAACAUGGAACAAAAGGGAUAGAGUGUCAGAGGACCUGUCAGAACCAAGACCUAAACAACUGCGUGAGUACAGGGUGUGUAUCAGGGUGUAUGUGUCCAGAUGGCCUUCUGGCUGAUGGAAAUGGUGGGUGUGUGGAGAGGAAAAACUGCCCCUGUGUCCACAAUGGACUCAGCUAUUCACCUGGAGAGCAAGUUCAAGAGGACUGUAACACUUGCACAUGCACAAAAGGGAUGUGGACUUGUACAGAUAAAGAGUGUUAUGGAACCUGUACCAUCUAUGGUGAAGGUCAUUUCAUGACUUUUGAUGGAAAGAAAUAUUCUUUCCAUGGGGACUGUGAACACAUCUUAGCCCAUGAUAACUGCAAUAAUGAACAGAGUCCAUAUUCUCUACGCCUGGUCACAGAGAACAUCCCCUGUGGAACCAGUGGCACCAUUUGCUCCAAAUCCAUUAAUCUUUUCUUUGGGAGAUACAAGGUGAUUUUAUCAGAAGAAAAUGGGAUCAAAGUUGUUGAAAGCAAUGGCACUGAUUACCUAUAUCAAAUCCAUACUGCUGGAAUAUACAAUGUCAUAGAGGUCAAAGGUCUUUUGAAUUUAAUCUGGGACAAUAAAACAAGUCUGAUGCUCCAACUCCAUCCUAAAAUUAAGGGCAAGGUGUGUGGACUCUGUGGAAACUUUGACGGUAAUGCAAACAAUGACUUUGUGAAGCAUGAUGGAGAGGAGGUCACUGAUGCAGUGGUAUUUGGAAAUAGCUGGAAGGUGAAUCCCAGCUGUCCAGAAGUAAGCAACUUGAUGAAUCCAUGUGAAAAAAAUCCACAUCGUAGUGCCUGGGCUAUCAAACAAUGCAGCAUCAUAACAAGCCCUGUCUUUACAGACUGCCAUUCACGUGUGGAUUCUGGCCCAUACUAUGAUGCCUGUGUAAGGGACACCUGCGCAUGUGACAGUGGGGGGGACUGUGAUUGUUUCUGCACUGCAGUGGCAGCUUAUGCUGCUGAAUGCCGUAAAAAGGGAGCUUGUGUGGCAUGGCGGAGCCCGAGCAUAUGUCCUUUAUUCUGUGACUACUACAACAGCCCUCCAGAUGAAUGUCAAUGGCACUAUAAACCCUGUGGAUCCACCUGCAUGAAAACUUGCAGAAACCCUUCAGGAACUUGUUCUAAUCAAAUUCCUCUUCUAGAGGGGUGUUUUCCUCAGUGUCCUUUAGAAAGGCCAUUUCUGAGGGAGGACACAAUGAAAUGUGUUACAGAAGCAGAAUGUCUUUCACUGUGUACUUAUGAUGGAAGGAUAUACACUACUGGAGAAGUGGUAUACGAUACCACAGAUGGGAAUGGCACAUGUUUUAGGGCUGUGUGUGGUUUCCAUGGCACUAUAAUAAGAAAUAUUACCAAAUGCAUGACUACAACCACGCCCUUCACUUUCACAACUCCACCCCAAACUACUAAAACAACAAUUAUAAUAACAGUUACAAAGACUUCCACCUCAACACCUACUACAGUAACACGAACAACACCGGAAAUGCCAUCAAAGGCAUCUACACCUGCUGGCCAAACAACUGCUGAAACGCCAACCACAGAAACACCAACUCCAAUAGAAACAGAAACGCCAUCAACAGCAACUACAACUGCUGGUCCACCGACACCUACAACACCAGGAAUUUCUACUACAGCUGUUACUGCUCCUACUCCAUCUAUUGAAACACCCGCUCCCACAGGAACCGAAACACCAUCAACAGAUACUACAACUGCUGGUACACCAACAUCACCAGAAAUUUCUACUACUGCUGUUACUGCAGAAACGCCAAUCACAGAAACACCACCACCGAUAGAAACUGAAACGCCAUCAACAGCAACUACAACUGCUGGUCCACCGAUACCUACGACACCAAGAGUUUCUACUACUGCUGUUACUACUCCUACUCCAUCUACAGAAACACCACCUCCCACAGGAACUGAAACACCAUCAACAGCUACUACAACCUCUGGUACACUGACCACAAUAUCAACACCAGAAAUAUCUACUACUGCUGUUACAGCUGAAACGCUAAUCACAGAAACACCACCUCCGAUAGAAACUGAAACGCCAUCAACAGCAACUACAACUGCUAGUCCACCGAUACCUACUACACCAGGAGUUUCUACUACUGCUGUUACUACUCCUACUCCAUCUACAGAAACACCACCUCCCACAGGAACAGAAACACCAUCCACAGCUUCUACAACUGCUGCUACAGAAACACCAUUAACAGAAAUUUCAACAACUACUGCUGUCACUGCUGAAACACCACUGACAGAAACGCCAUCUCCAACAGAAACAGAAUCGUCAUCAACUGUUGGUCCACCGACACCUACAACACCAGGUGUUUCUACUACUGCUGUUACUGUAAAAACACCAGUCACAGAAAGGACACAUCCGACUCGAACAGAAAGGCCACAUCCGACUCGAACAGAAAAGCCAUCAACAAAAAGACCAAUCACAGAAAGGCCACAUCCGACUCGAACAGAAAAGCCAUCAACAAAAACAACGAUCACAGAAAGGCCACAUCCGACUCGAACAGAAAAGCCAUCAACAAAAAGACCAAUCACAGAAAGGCCACAUCCGACUCGAACAGAAAAGCCAUCAACAAAAACAACGAUCACAGAAAGGCCACAUCCGACUCGAACAGAAAAGCCAUCAACAAAAACACCAAUCACAGAAAGGCCACAUCCGACUCGAACAGGAACGCCAUCAACAAAAACAACGAUCACAGAAAGGCCACAUCCGACUCGAACAGAAAAGCCAUCAACAAAAACACCAAUCACAGAAAGGCCACAUCCGACUCGAACAGGAACGCCAUCAACAAAAACAACGAUCACAGAAAGGCCACAUCCGACUCGAACAGAAAAGCCAUCAACGACAACAACGAUCACAGAAAGGCCACGUCCGACUCCAACAGAAAAGCCAUCAACGAAAACACCAAUUACAGAAACACCACCUUCAACUCGAACAGGAACACCAUCAACAAAAACUACAACUGCUGGUCCACCCACACCUACAUCACCAAGAGUUUCUACUACUUCUGUUACUGCUCCAACACUAUCUACUAAGACACAACCUCCCACAGUAACAAAAACACCAUCCACAACUACUACAACUACUGGUACAAAAACAUCAACAUUAGCACAAAUUUCUACUACUGCUGCUACUGCAAAAACACCAAUUACAGAAACACCACCUCCAACUCGAACAGGAACACCAUCAACAAAAACUACAACUGCUGGUCCACCCACACCUACAUCACCAGGAGUUUCUACUACUGCUGUUACUGCCCCAACACCAUCUACUAAAACACAACCUCCCACAAGAACAGAAACACCUUCAACAACUACUACAACUGCUGGUACAAAAACACCAACAUUACCACAAAUAUCUACUACUGCUGUUACUGCAAAAACACCAAUUACAGAAAAGCCACCUACAACUCCAACAGUAACACCAUCUACAAAAACUACAACUUCUAAUCCACCCACACCUACAUCACAAGGAGUUUCUACUACUGCUGUUACUACACAAACACCAUCUACAAAAACACAACCUACCACAAGAACAGAAACACCAUCCACAGCUACUACAACUGUUAGUACAAAAACAUCAACAUUACCACAAAUUUUUUCUACUGCUGUUACUGCAAAAACACCAAUCACAGAAACGCCACCUGCAACUCAAACAGGAACGCCAUCAACAAAAUCUACAACUACUGGUCCACCAAAACCUACAUCACCAGGAGUUUCUACUACUGCUGUUACUGCUACAACACCAUCUACUAAAACACAACCUACCACAGGAACAGAAAGAACAUCCACAGCUACUACAACGGCUGUUCCACUGACACCUACAUCACCAGGAGUUUCUACUACUGCUGUUAGUGCCCCAACACCAUCUACUAAAACACAACCAACCACACAAACACCGUCCACAGCUACUACAACUGCUGUUCCGACGACACCCACAUCACCAGGAAUUUCAACUAAUGCUGUUACUGCAAAAACACCAGUCACAGAAACACCACCUUCGACUCAAACAGGAACGCCAUCAACAAAAUCUACAACUACUGGUCCACCAACACCUACAUCACCAGGAGUUUCUACUACUGCUGUGACUGCUACAACACCAUCUACUAAAACACAACCUACCACAGGAACAGAAAGACCAUCCACAGCUACUACAACGGCUGUUCCACCAACACCUACAUCAGCAGGAGUUUCUACUACUGCUGUUACUGCAAAAACACCAGUCACAGAAACACCACCUUUGACUCAAACAGGAACGCCAUCAACGAAAUCUACAACUACUGGUCCACCGACACCUACAUCACCAGGAGUUUCUACUUCUGCUUUUACUCCUUCAACACCAUCUACUAAAACACAACCUACCACACAAACACCGUCUACAGCUACUACAACUGCUCUUCCACCGACACCUACAUCACCAGGAGUUUCUACUACUGCUGUUACUGCAAAAACACCAGUUACUGAAACACCACCUUCGACUCAAACAGGAACGCCAUCAACAAAAUCUACAACUGCUGGACCACCAACACCUACAUCACCAGGCGUUUCUACUACUGCUGUUACUUCUCCAACACCAUCUACUAAAACACAACCUACCACACAGACAGAAACACCAUCUACAGCUACUACAACGGCUGUUCCACCAACACCUACAACACCAGGAGUUUCUACUACUGCCAUUACUGCUUCAACACCAUCUACUAAAACACAACCUACCACACAAACACAAACACCGUCUACAGCUACAACAACUGCUGUUCCACCGACACCUACAUCACCAGGAAUUUCUACUACUGCUGUUACUGCAAAAACACCAAUCACAGAAACACCACCUUCGACUCAAACAGGAACGCCAUCAACGAAAUCUACAACUACUGGUCCACCAACACCUACAUCACCAGGAGUUUCUACUUCUGCUGUUACUGCCCCAACACCAUCUACUAAAACACAACCUACCACACAAACACCGUCCACAGCUACUACAACUGCUGUUCCACCGACACCUACAUCACCAGGAAUUUCUACUAAUGCUGUUACUGCAAAAACACCAAUCACAGAAACACCACCUUCGACUCAAACAGGAACGCCAUCAACGAAAUCUACAACUACUGGUCCACCGACACCUUCAUCACCAACAGUUUCUACUACUGCUGUUACUCCUUCAACACCAUCUACUAAAACCCAACCUACCACAGGAACAGAAAGACCAUCCACAGCUACUACAACUUUUGUUCCACAAACACCUACAUCACCAGGAGUUUCUACUACUUCUGUUAGUGCCACAACAAUAUAUACUAAAACACAACCUACCACACAGACAGAAACACCAUCCACAGUUACUACAACUGCUGCUCCACAGACACCUACAUCAGCAGGAGUUUCUACUACUGCUGUUACUUCUCCAACACCAUCUACUAAAACACAACCUACCACACAUACAGAAACACCAUCCACAGUUACUACAACUGCUGCUCCACCGAUACCUACAUCAGCAGGAGUUUCUACUACUGCUGUUACUUCUCCAACACCAUCUACUAAAACACAACCUACCACACAGACAGAAACACCAUCAACAGCUACUACAACUGCUGUUCCACCAACACCUACAUCACCAGGUGUUUCUACUACUGCUGUUACUGCUUCAACAUCAUCUACUAAGACACAACCUACCACACAGACAGAAACACCAUCCACAGUUACUACAACUGCUGUUCCACCGACACCUACAUCAGUAGGUGUUUCUACUACUGCUGUUACUGCUCCAACACCAUCUACUAAAACACAACCUACCACACAAACAGAAACACCAUCUACAGUUACUACAACGGCUGUUCCACCGACACCUACAUCAGCAGGUGUUUCUACUACAGCUGUUACUUCUCCAACACCAUCUACUAAAACACAACCUACCACACAUACAGAAACACCAUCCACAGUUACUACAACUGCUGCUCCACCGACACCUACAUCAGCAGGAGUUUCUACUACUGCUGUUACUUCUCCAACACCAUCUACUAAAAUACAACCUACCACACAGACAGAAACACCAUCCACAGCUACUACAACUGCUGUUCCACCAACACCUACAUCACCAGGUGUUUCUACUACUGCUGUUACUGCUUCAUCACCAUCUACUAAGACACAACCUACCACACAAAAAGAAACACCAUCCACAGUUACUACAACUGCUGUUCCACCAACACCUACAUCAGCAGGAGUUUCUACUACUGCUGUUACUUCUCCAACACCAUCUACUAAGACACAACCUACCACACAAACACAAACACCAUCUACAGCUACUACAACUGCUGUUCCUCCGACACCUACAUCAGCAGGUGUUUCUACCUCCGCCGUUACUGCUCCAACACCAUCUACUAAAACACAACCUACGACACAAACAGAAACACCAUAUACAGCUACUACAACUGCUGGUCCACCGACACCUACCUCACCAGGAAUUUCUACUACUGCCAUUACUGCUCCAACACCAUCUACUAAAACACAGCCUACCACACAAACACAAACACCGUCUACAAUUACUACAACUGCUGUUCCACCGACACCUACAUCAGCAGGUGUUUCUACUACUGCUGUUACUGCUCCAACACCAUCUACUAAGACACAGCCUACCACACAGACAGAAAUACCAUCCACAGUUACUACAACGGCUGUUCCACCGACACCUACAUCAGCAGGUGUUUCUACUACAGCUGUUACUUCUCCAACACCAUCUACUAAAACACAACCUACCACACAGACAGAAACACCAUCCACAGUUACUACAACUGCUGUUCCACCGACACCUACAUCAGCAGGUGUUUCUACCUCCACUGUUACUGCUCCAACACCAUCUACUAAAACACAACCUACCACACAAACACAAACACCGUCCACAGCUACUACAACUGCUGUUCCACCAACAUCUACAUUGCCAGGAGUUUCUACUACUGCUGUUACUGCUUCAACAGCAUCUACUAAGACACAACCUACCACACAGACAGAAACACCAUCCACAGUUACUACAACAGCUGUUCCUCCGACACCUACAUCAGCAGGUAUUUCUACUACUGCUGUUAGUUCUUCAACACUAUCUACUAAGACACAACCUACCACACAGACAGAAACACCAUAUACAGCUACUACAACGGCUGUUCCACCAACACCUACAACUCCAGGAGUUUCUACUACUGCUGUUACUGCUCCAACACCAUCUACUAAAACACAACCUACCACACAAACAGAAACACCAUCUACAGCUACUACAACUGCUGGUCCACCGACACCUACCUCACCAGGAAUUUCUACUACUGCCAUUACUGCUCCAACACUAUCAACUAAAAUACAGCCUACCACACAAACACCAUCCACAGUUACUACAACUGCUGUUCCAUCAACACCUACAUCAGUAGGUGUUUCUACCUCCACCGUUACUGCUUCAACACCAUCUACUAAAAUACAACCAACCACACAGACAGAAACACCAUCCACAGUUACUACAACUGCUGUUCCACCGACACCUACAUCACCAGGUGUUUCUACUACUGCUGUUGCUGCUUCAACAGCAUCUACUAAGAUACAACCUACCACACAGACAGAAACACCAUCCACAGUUACUACAACUGCUGUUCCACCAACACCUACAUCAGCAGGUAUUUCUACUACUGCUGUUACUUCUCCAUUACCAUCUACUAAGACACAACCUACCACACAGACAGAAACCCCAUAUACAGCUACUACAACGGCUGUUCCACCAACACCUACAACUCCAGGAGUUUCUACUACUGCUGUUACUGCUCCAACACCAUCUACUAAAACACAACCUACCACACAAACACAAACACCUUCUACAGCUACUACAACUGCUGUUCCACCGACACCUACAUCACCAGGAGUUUCUACUACUGCUGUUACUGCUUCAACACCAUCUACUAAAACACAACCUACCACACAGACAGAAACACCAUCCACAAUUACUACAACUGCUGUUCCACCAAUACCUACAUCAGCAGGGGUUUCUACUACUGCUCUUACUGCUCAAACGCCAUCUACUAAAACACAACCUACCACACAAACACAAACACCGUCUACAGCUACUACAACUGCUGUUCCAUCCACACCUACAUCAUCAGGACUUUCUACUACUGCCAUUACUGCUCCAACACCAUCUACUAAGACACAACCUACCACACAGACAGAAACACCAUCCACAGUUACUACAACUGCUGUUCCACCAACAUAUACAUCAGCAGGUGUUUCUACCUCCACCGUUACUGCUCCAACACCAUCUACUAAAACACAACCUACCACACAAACACAAACACCGUCCAUAGCUACUACAACUGUUCCACCGGGACCCACAUCACCAGGUGUUUCUACUACUGCUGUUACUGCUUCAACACCAUCUACUAAGACACAACCUACCACACAGACAGAAACACCAUCCACAGUUACUACAACUGCUGUUCCACCAACACCUACAUCAGCAGGUGUUUCUACCUCCACCGUUACUGCUACAACACCAUCUACUAAAACACAACCUACCACACAAACACAAACACCGUCCACAGCUACUACAACUGUUCCAUCAGGACCCACAUCACCAAGUGUUUCUACUACUGCUGUUACUGCUUCAACACCAUAUAAUAAGACACAACCUACUACACAGACAGAAACACCAUCCACAGUUACUACAACUGCUGUUCCACCAACACCUACAUCAGCAGGUGUUUCUACCUCCACUGUUACUGCUCCAACACCAUCUACUAAAACACAACCUACCACACAAACACAAACAUCGUCCACAGCUACUACAACUGUUCCACCGGGACCCACAUCACCAGGUGUUUCUACUACUGCUGUUACUGCUUCAACACCAUCUACUAAGACACAACCUACCACACAGACAGAAACACCAUCCACAGUUACUACAACUGCUGUUCCACCAACACCUACAUCAGCAGGUGUUUCUACCACCACCGUUACUGCUCCAACACCAUCUACUAAAACACAACCUACCACACAAACACAAACACAAACACCGUCCACAGCUACUACAACUGUUCCAUCAGGACCCACAUCACCAAGUGUUUCUACUACUGCUGUUACUGCUUCAACACCAUAUAAUAAGACACAACCUACUACACAGACAGAAACACCAUCCACAGUUACUACAACUGCUGUUCCACCAACACCUACAUCAGCAGGUGUUUCUACCUCCACUGUUACUGCUCCAACACCAUCUACUAAAACACAACCUACCACACAAACACAAACACCGUCCACAGCUACUACAACUGUUCCACCGGGACCCACAUCACCAAGUGUUUCUACUACUGCUGUUACUGCUUCAACACCAUAUAAUAAGACACAACCUACUACACAGACAGAAACACCAUCCACAGUUACUACAACUGCUGUUCCACCAACACCUACAUCAGCAGGUGUUUCUACCUCCACUGUUACUGCUCCAACACCAUCUACUAAAACACAACCUACCACACAAACACAAACACCGUCCACAGCUACUACAACUGUUCCACCGGGACCCACAUCACCAGGUGUUUCUACUACUGCUGUUACUGCUUCAACACCAUCUACUAAGACACAACCUACCACACAGACAGAAACACCAUCCACAGUUACUACAACUGCUGUUCCACCAACACCUACAUCAGCAGGUGUUUCUACCUCCACCGUUACUGCUCCAACACCAUCUACUAAAACACAACCUACCACACAAACACAAACGCCGUCCACAGCUACUACAACUGUUCCAUCAGGACCCACAUCACCAAGUGUUUCUACUACUGCUGUUACUGCUUCAACACCAUAUAAUAAGACACAACCUACAACACAGACAGAAACACCAUCCACAGUUACUACCACUGCUGUUCCACCAACACCUACAUCAGCAGGUGUUUCUACCUCCACUGUUACUGCUCCAACACCAUCUACUAAAACACAACCUACCACACAAACACAAACACCGUCCACAGCUACUACAACUGUUCCACCGGGACCCACAUCACCAGGUUUUUCUACUACUGCUGUUACUGCUUCAACAUCAUUUACUAAAACACAACCUACCACACAGACAGAAACACCAUCCACAGUUACUACAACUGCUGUUCCACCGACACCUACAUCAGCAGGUGUUUCUACCUCCACUGUUACUGCUCCAACACCAUCUACUAAAACACAACCUACCACACAAACACAAACACCGUCCACAGCUACUACAACUGCUCUUCCACCAACACCUACAUCAGCAGGUGUUUCUACUACUGCUGUUACUGCUUCAACACCCUCUACUAAGACACAACCUCCCACACAGACAGAAACACCAUCCACAGCUACUACAACUGCUGGUACAAAAACACCAACAUUACCACAAAUUUCUACUACUGCUGUUACUGCAAAAACAGCAAUCACAGAAACGCCACCACCGACUCAAACAGGAACACCAUCAACAAAAACUACAACUGCUGGUCCACCGACACCUACAUCACCAGGAGUUUCUACUACUACCGUUACUGCUCCAACACCAUCUACUAAAACACAACCUACCACAGGAAUAGAAACACCAUCUACAGCUACUACAGCUGCUGGUACAAAAACAACAGCGUUACCACAAAUUUCUACUACUGCUGUUACUGCAAAAACACCAAUCACAGAAACGCCACCUCUGACUCAAACAGGAACACCAUCAACAAUUACGAAAACAAUUGUUAUAUCAACAGUUUUGACAGAAAUGCCAUCAACCAAGUUUACUGUAUAUACAGAAUCAACACCUAAAACAACACAUGCUACAUCACCUCAAAUUGUCAUCACAACGGUCUGUCACUGCACGUUUGCAAAUCAAACUUUCCCUCCUGAGACAGUCAUUUACAACAAAACUGAUAAAGCAGGCUGGUGCUACUUCGCUUACUGCAACUCCAAUUGUGUUAGUGAAAUAACACAGAAACCAUGUCCUCAGACUACUACAGUUCCAGUUUCAACUGUUCCAAAUGACUGUACCGAUGUCAACAGACAGAAUGGAGAGACAUGGAAUGAGGGAUGUACCACUAAAACCUGCAUAAAUGGGAAUGUUACCACAAGCCCUGUACAGUGUGAUUCAUCUGAUUCUGUCAUACCCACAUGUGUCAACGGGCUUAAACCUAAGAAAGUUUAUUAUAACGAUGGCUGCUGUGCUAAGUACGAGUGUCAAUGUCGAUGCAGUGGCUGGGGUGACCCUCAUUACAAUACAUUUGAUGGACAAUAUUAUGUUUUCCAAGGAAAUUGUGACUAUGUGUUGGUCCAAGAAAUCAUUCCAAGAUACAAUAUCAGUGUCCAUGUUAAAAACCAUUAUUGCGAUGUUACAAAAAAUUUUGCUUGUCCGGAGUAUGUUACUGUGAAGUACAAAUCCUAUGAAAUCAAACUAACAAGUAAAAAUAAAAAGAUAGAGGUUUCCGUCAAUGAUGUUGUGAAAGUACCAACUUUCUUGAAUGAAGAUUUCAGCAUCACUUCCUCUGGCAUGGUAGUGAAUCUUAACAUUAAUGAAAUCAAAGCUCAGAUUUUAGUCGGCCAACAAGGCUUCGAGAUCAGUCUCCCUUUCUCCUACUUCCAUGGUAAUACAGAGGGACAGUGCGGUGUUUGUGACAAUGAUGCCACAAAUGACUGCGGACGUCCCGAUGGAACAACUGGCCAGUCAUGUGAGGAAACGGCAGCAUUGUGGACGGACUCCGAAGACUGUGAAACCCCUCCACCGCAUAUAAACGUACCUCCUCCUACCUGCACAGCGUAUGUCUGUGAGAUCAUCAAGAGCGAUUUGUUCAAGAGCUGUCAUGACAUCGUUCCCUAUCAGAGCUACUAUGAGGCAUGUAAAUAUGAUGUGUGCAACAAGAAAAAUGACUCCAUGGCCUGUGCCAGUGUGGAGGCCUAUGCACAGAUAUGCGGCCAGCAGUCUGUAUGUGUGGACUGGAGAGACUCAGAUGACCUCAACGGGCUAUGCGUAUACAAAUGUGCUGAUCAUAAAGUCUACAAGGCAUGUGGGCCUAAAGUUGAAAGAACCUGCAGUACAAGAUACAAUGAGAUGUUUGUGGAAGACCAAAACAAAACUGACCAUCAAAUAUUUAUGGAAGGUUGUUACUGUCCCGACAACAUGUAUCUAGUCAGUUCAACAACAGAUCAGUGCACACCUACUUGCGAUUGCAUUGGCCCUGAUGGAUUACCACGACAGCCUGGAGAUAAAUGGACCGUGAACUGUACAACAUACAAAUGCUCCACUGAGAGCUUUGGUGUUGUUCAAGAGCCUAUGAAUUGCCCAACCAUAGAGCCCUGUGGCCCCAAAUACAAAAGCAUCAUUGAAAACUGCUGUCCAACGUGCGUGUGUGACACCAGCCUGUGUUCUAUGAAAUGUGAUGUGGGAUAUGAGUUAGCAGAAGAGAUACCUAAGAACAGUUGCUGUCCAAUAUGUGUACCCAAAGAUGUAUGUGUGUACAAUAACACCGAGUACCAGCCUGGAGUUAAAAUCCCUACAGAGCCUUGUCUGGAAUGUUACUGCCAAAUGGAUAAAGACUCAGAAACCCAACAACAUUCUGUUUCAUGUGUCAGUAAAGCCUGUUUACCUUGUGCUGAGGGCUUUGAGCGUGUAGAACAAGAAGGAGAGUGUUGUGGAACGUGCAAGCAAAUCAGCUGCAUUUAUACUGCACCAGACAACACCACACAUACUCUCCAGGUCGGAGAAGUGAAAGAUUACAAUUGUGAGAAUAUUACCUGCAUUGAAAUCAAUGGCUUGUUUGUGACAGAGAAGAUCACACCAAAAUGCCCCUACUUCAAUCCAGAUGACUGUGAGCCCGGAACUGAGAGCUAUGAUGCAGAUGGAUGCUGCAAGAUGUGUGAGCCCAAGACAUGCAUUGUUUUGAAGAACACAACCAAUGUGGAAGUAAAUGACUGCAAGUCCAUCCAGCCCAUAGAAGUGACGUCCUGCAGUGGUCACUGUGGCACCCAAUCAAUGUAUUCAAUGGAAAAUAACAUCAUGAUGCACAUGUGUUCUUGUUGCCGAGAGGAGAAAGUCAGCCGUCGACAGAUGAAACUAAAAUGUGCAGAUGACAGCGAGGUUGUUCAUGACUACAUUUACAUUGAGAGCUGCACAUGCACUCCUACAAAGUGUGUAGACUAAAGGGCCUGAAGACUUGAUGAAAGGUGCCGAUCUUAAAGCUUUUCCUUUGAUUAUUGCUGAUGGGAGCUAGAUUACUUAAGACAAGAGAUAUAUUUUAAAUAAUGAACACGGCAAGGAAUUCAUGCUUUUAUUCUAGGGCUAGGGCUUUCACUUUAAUAAUGAUCUUAAAUGUUUAAAUUAUCUGUAACAAAACUAUUUAAAGUGUCUUUUCUAUGGUAUAAUGAAAGUUCUGUAUAAUUUUGAUGAAAUAAGUGAAUGUUUAACAUAAUAAAGAAGUCAACC